AUGUGUGCCCCUCGAGCUGGCGAUUCAGUGACUGGUGGAAUUGCUUUCUGGAACGCUACCACAGUCCGAUGCAAGCCUCGUCUUGCUAGCACAUUGCAAAGCGAAAGCGAGCCCACCGUCUUCAAGACAGAGUUGAACCACCCUGUAACAUAG